CGAGCUGUGCCAUUUCAACAAAAUAUAUACUUAGAGUCCCCCCCUUUUUUACAAGUCGAGAGAAGAAGCGAUUGAAUGAAGAAAAAAAUAAGAGAAGAAAAAGGACACUUUCAACGUCCUUUUUUCGCUUUCCGCCCGGCCAAAUCCACUUUGUGCGUGUGCCGAAGAAGCACUCCGACAAUCCCCUCCCUCCUUUUUUUAGUUCUUCCUGCGCCUAAAUAUAUUUUUUUAUUUAUUUCUAAAUAGAUCUCCUCCCUUUUAUUUUUUCCUCUCUCCCUCUUACCCGAUUUUCUCCUUAAAAAAAUUUUUUUUUCUUGGAAAAUUUUUUUUUCUUUUUUUUUCUUGGAGGCUUUCCCCUCCCUUUUCCCCUUAAAUAUAUUUUUAGCUCAUAUUUCGGCACAGAAAUAAAAUUUAAUUUUUUAUAAAAAUUAUUUAGAAGGGAGAGAGACCUUUUAAAGUAUGUACUAGUUGUUUUUGGGGGUAGAUUACUCUUUGUUUUUGCGUGUUCUUCAAA